UUCGAGGCAUCACACUUCAAUUCGAUUCAGUCAAAACAAUUUCAGUAUUUUCAUUGUUUUGGCAAAAAAAUAAAGCACAAAAUUUACAGUUAUGUCUAAAGAAGAAUUAUUUGCAUUCGAUUUCGAUCUUAAAGGUCAAUUUCCAAAAGAGGCCAUUAACAAAUUUCUGGAAACCCAAGUAAAUGUUCUUGGUCUACGCGGAUGGGCGAAAGAAGUCAAACCGGGACACAUAAAAGGACACAUUGAGGGCGUCUUACCAAAGCUGGACAAAUUUAAGAAGGUCAUGGAAGCAGCAGAGACCUUUGCGGUACAACUUUCAGAGACAGUAUUCACCGAGAUGAAGAAGAUUGAAAAAUACACAUCCGAAGCUUUUGAAGUAAAGAAAUAGUGUAUAAAAUGGGCGCUAUCAAUAAAAACCGUAGACGAAUCGAGGAUUAAACGUAGCAAAUAAAAUAAAUCAUCCCAAAGGAAGCAAUAAAACCAAAUAAAAGACAAUAAUACGUAUCAAA